CUAUCCGAACUUUUCUUGCUUUGUUACUUCGAUAAUCUCAAAAACAAGGCAAUCACAAAAUACUCACCAACCAAUCUGCUUCCCAUUAAAAUCUCGACGUACAAUCUCGGCUGCUGGCAACACUCUUUUACCUGGCCGAAAUACGUUCUUUGAUUCAACCUCUCACGCGUUUUCACUUUUCAUCUUUCUACCAACAACUUCACAUACAACAAACAUGGGUGGCUCAAUCUCCAAGGCCAUGGGCAAAAUCUUUGGAAAUAAGGAAAUGAGGAUAUUGAUGCUUGGUUUGGACGCUGCAGGAAAGACUACGAUCCUAUACAAACUUAAACUGAAUCAGAGCGUUACAACGAUCCCAACAGUUGGUUUCAAUGUUGAAACUGUACAAUACAAAAAUGUAAAAUUCAACGUUUGGGAUGUUGGUGGUCAAGACAAAAUUCGUCCUCUUUGGAGACAUUAUUAUACCGGCACACAAGGUUUAGUCUUUGUAGUCGACAGUCAAGAUCGCGAUCGGAUCAGUGAAGCACAACAAGAAUUACAUCGUAUUUUGGGAGAUCGAGAAAUGCGUGAUUGUUUGUUACUUGUGUUUGCAAAUAAACAAGAUUUGAAAGGAGCAAUGUCACCUGCUGAAGUAACGGAAAAACUUGGAUUACACAAAAUGCGAGAUCGUUCUUGGUUCGUUCAUCCAAGUUGCGCAACCAGUGGAGAAGGAUUGUAUGAAGGACUUUCUUGGCUAUCGGCAAACGUUAAAGCACAAAUGCCUCGUGCUUGAUUUGGAAAAGCAGUGAUUGUGUGUAGGAAGGACUAAUCAUUCGACAGUUUUGUAGGGAUGCGAUUUGGUGGAUUGAUUGGUGCAACCUUUACAGCAUUUACCCUUCUACGGAGGUCGUGUUUCUUCUAUCUUUCUCUUCAACUUCAUCUUAUAAGAGUCAAGAAUGCUUUCAGGAAAGUCUUUUGGCUCGCACCGUCUCCCAUCUCUUCUUCGCGACCCAAAAUUGUUGAUUGACAUUAUCCGAUCGCUUGCACGAUCUCUAUAAUAUACCAGAAUAUGUACUCAGAGAUUCAUACCUAUAGCUUAUAAUUAGCAUGAUAACCUGGC